AUGGCUGUCAAGGAGCUUGUCGAAAACAGCUUGGAUGCUGGAGCUACCACCAUAGACGUCAAGUUCAAGGAUCAAGGACUGGAAGCCAUUGAGGUGUCAGACAAUGGGAGUGGUGUACACGAAUCGAACUAUGCAUCGUUGGCUCUCAAACAUCAUACAUCCAAGCUGCAGAACUUUGAGGAUCUCGCAAGCGUGAGCACCUUUGGUUUUCGUGGUGAAGCGUUGAGCUCAUUGACAGCACUCGGUGAAUUGGUUGUUACAACGGCUACAAAGGAUCAAGCGCCUCGAGGAACAAGGCUUGAAUAUGAUUCCAAUGGCAAGCUCGUAUCUCGUAGUGCGGUGGCCAGAUCAAUGGGCACCACAAUACAAAUCAACAAUCUUUUUCAUUCGUUGCCUGUACGUCAACAGGAAUUCAAGCGUAAUAUCAAGAGGGAAUACGCCAAAGCAUUGUCAUUGUUGCAAGCCUAUGCAUUGAUAUCUCAAAACACGCGAUUGACAGUAACGAAUCAAGGAUCACGAGGUCAAGGCACCAAAGCACUCGCAACCAGUGGCAACAAGACGAUCCGAGAGAAUAUUGUCAAUGUCUUUGGUACCAAGAUGGUGUCACAAGUGGUUCCUUUUUUUGUGGAGUUUACUGUGGAGGAUGAUCAGCCAGUCAAGAUCCAAGGAUUUAUUUCAAAACCUGUUCCGGGAGCCGGGAGAAAUACCGCUGAUCGACAGUACAUGUUUGUUAAUGGUCGACCUUGUCAUUUACCAAAGAUAGCCAAAGCUGUGAACGACGCUUACAAAUCCAUCGUGCCAUCCCAAAGCCCCUUUUUACUCGCUGACAUCAAGCUAUCUCCAUCCAUAUACGACGUCAAUGUUACACCUGACAAACGCAGUCUUUACUUGCAUGAUGAGCGCCGGAUCAUAGAUGAGCUUACGGAAGGGAUCACACAAGAGCUAAUGGCAACAUCGACAGUGGAAAUUCGUUCGCAGCAAGAGAUUACAAGCAGCAUCACUCGACGUGCAGGCUCCUUUUCGUCAUCACAAUCAAACACAGCCAUUCAAGAAAAGCGUAUCACAUCACCACUCGAGGAUACAAUAUCACGUCGUGUUGAAGAGACUGCUAUAUCACAAACAUCAUCGCCAUCAUCAUCAUCAUCACCAGCAAAUGAUACCAGGGCACCUGACAAUGAUCAGUCUUCAAAGAAUUCAUGGUUGGCCAGGUUGCAAGAUAUGGCUGCUAGGAACCAGAAACGGACCACGGGUUCGAGAACCAAGAAGCGUCAAUCCACCCUCCUUACACAUAUCACCACUGCCAAGCGACCGAGACUUGUUGAAGAUGAAGAAGGGGAUGAAGAAGAGGAAAUGGAUACGUCUGUACCUGGAUCCACACCCAAAUCGGCAUUGUCGGAGAGAUCAGCUAGGGAUGAUGAAUCAAUGGAAACGGAUGAAUUGGAUGAGGAUGAUGAGGAUGAUUCAGAGAUGGGACAACGUGAUGAGCAGUCAGCUAAUGGAGCCGAGGCGGAGGAUCAUCAUCUUACCAGCAAUAUCACUACUACACCCACUAAUGGUGCUUGGUGCACAGGUGAUCUCGAGCGAUCCAUACCCAUUCAUGAUGAAGACAAGUUUAUGGAACGUUUGAAGAAAAAGUUCAGCGACGUUGGCAUUUCAACAAGCAGCAAUGUGAGCGGAUAUGACAGCGGCGAUUCACAGCAAGUUUUUGUCAAAGCAGCCAAUCUUGAGAAUGAGGAUGAUACAGCAGCAGCCGAUGCCUUGAGUCGUGUCCUUCACAAGAGUGAUUUUGCCCGUAUGAAAGUGCUCGGCCAAUUCAAUGAUUCCUUUAUCUUGGUGAUGCUGGAUGGCUAUGACCUUUUUAUUGUUGAUCAGCAUGCAUCAGAUGAAAAGUACAACUUUGAAGAUCUUCAAGCAAACACACGCAUCGAAAGUCAACGCCUUGUUGUACCCCAUAUACCCGAUCUUACAGUCGCUGAAGAGAGCGUAGCCAUUGAAAACGCACAUAUUUUGAGGGCCAAUUGCUUUGAAUUCAGAGUGGAUGAAGAUGGUGCACCAGGAAAACGAAUUCAAGUGAUAUCCCAACCCAUGAGUGAUUCCAAAGUAUUCAGCUCUACAGACUUUAGUGAGCUUAUCCAUUCUUUGACUGAACACCCUGGUCGCAUGGUAAAAUGUCGUGGCUUACGGAACGUGUAUGCUUCACGAGCUUGCCGAAAAUCAAAAAUGUUUGGUGACCCUCUCAAGUAUAAGGAAAUGGUUCAGAUCAUUCAACACAUGGGGGAAUUGGAUCAUCCAUGGAAUUGUCCACAUGGUCGACCUACAUUACGGCAUUUACACCGUUUCAAGCGUCAUCGACAAGAUGCACCCCAACGACCCAUCACUUUUAAAGGAAGCCUAUUCACCCAUUCCCAGUAA